UCUAUAUAUAAUAACCCUCUUCUCUCUCAACCUUUCCAAUCUCUUCAAACUCAGCCAUGAACAUGUACCAUCUGCAACAGCUUCAUAAUCAUCAACCUGUGACGAGGAAGAGGGAGAGAAACAAAGGCUUGGAGAAAGAGAGGCUUCAGGUCAUGGAUUUGAGUGGCAUGUCUUUGGACUCUCUUCCAAAACCUUCUCUUGAUUUGGCCACCAUUUCCAAGUUGGACUUAUCUAACAACAAUCUCCAGGAGAUUCCUGAAUCCUUAACUGCGAGACUGCUAAACAUGGAGGUGUUGGAUGUUCGGUCCAACCAGCUUAAGUCUCUUCCUAAUUCCAUUGGUUGUCUCUCUAAGCUUAAGGUUUUAAAUGUCUCUGGCAACUUCAUCGAAUUCCUCCCCAAAACCAUUGAGAAUUGCAGAGCAUUGGAAGAACUGAAUGCGAACUUCAACAAGCUGAGCAAGUUACCAGACACAAUAGGGUUUGAGCUGAUAAACCUGAAGAAGCUCUCGGUGAACUCGAACAAGCUGGUUUUUCUUCCUAGCUCGACCUCACACCUAACAUCAUUGAAGGUUCUGGAUGCACGGUUGAACUGCCUAAGGGCACUUCCGGAGGACCUCGAGAACCUCAUCAACCUCGAGACACUGAAUGUGAGCCAGAACUUCCAGUACUUGGAAACCCUCCCUUAUUCCAUAGGGCUCCUCUUGUCCCUGGUUGAACUUGAUGUCAGCUACAACAACAUCAAGACCUUGCCUGAAUCCAUUGGGUGCCUCAAGAACCUGAAGAAGCUAAGUGUUGAAGGGAACCCUCUGGUUUGUCCGUCGGUGGAGGUGGUGGAGCAGGGCCUGCACGUGGUGAUGGAGUUCAUGCAGCAUAAGAUGAACUCGAGUGAUCAACGCCCGGCGAAGAAAAGGUGGUGGAUGAUGAAGAUGGUGAAGUGUGGAACCUUCGGUAAGCAAGUGAGAGGUGGGAAACGACCAGAACAUGAAGGUUACAACAUGCUUAAGCACCAGAAGAUCAAUGGUCUUGCUUCGCCAGGCUUCAUGGGAAUGCUUUCACCUCUUCGCUUCUUCUCGUCACCCCGCCAUUCCUUCGGCUGAAGAUACUUUUGUAAUUAAUCACUGUCAUUUGGAGAGGAAUUAAUUACUUCAUGAACUAAGAUCUCCUGUGUUCAUAAUCUUACACUAAUUUUCAUGUGCUUCUUUU